AUGUUAAAUGUCGACUUUAUACAAAUUUAUAAAAUAGAAAACAAUGACUGUCCCACUCGGAGUAUAAUCUUGUCGAGUACACAAAAUAUUCAAGCCUUUCUUGUUCAAGAUGAGUAUCAUUAUUACUGUAUACGUCAAUUUCGUUUGACAGAAGACUAUUUUUUUAAAAUUGAUUACAAAUAUCCAAUGUACCGUGAGCCUAUUCAUCAUCAAGAUAUAUUAGCAUUUAUUGGUACACUUCUAGAAUGUCGCUGUAAUGUCUACAUAACUAUCCAACAUGUAAACGAUCACUUUGAUGAAGACCUUUCAAUACAAAACAUUGCAACAAAACUGUGGGCUCUGCCUGACUCACCAGCUGAUCUUGAAGCUUAA